AUGAAUUAUGAUUUCGAUGACAACGAUAUUCCAAAUGAGAAAUAUGUCAAUAUACCUUCCCAUAUCAACAAAAUAUACUAAAUUUUCACACAGACAGGCAGAUAUAAUGAAUCGGAUAUUAAUUAUUUGUUAAAGUUCUUUCUGGAAUUCAAUAUCAACACCAUGGAAAUAAAUUAUAUGACUAUUUUUCGUAUCUGCUUAACCAAGCUAUCUACUGAGUUAAUGCCAUAUUAUGCCCAAAUUAUUACAAAAAUACUUUUCCAUCUGAAAUUUCCUUUACAAGCGCUCUCAUUUAUUACUGACUUGCACAUUGCCUUUUUGCAAUCCUGCAUAAUAUCCUACAAUUAUAAAAUUGGAUAUUAAUUUAUCAAGUCUAAAAUAUUUUUGUAAUCCACUCUAGAGAAGAAAGAUAACAUUAUGAUAGAGUACUUUUAUUAUGCCGGAUUAAUAGCUAAUGCAGUGAAAGAUUAUGAUGAAGCACUACGAUGUUACAGGAUAGCUCACAAAUGUCAAGGUUCCAGUGCGUUUACUUUUGAGGCCUAGAAAAUGGAAUCUUUACUUUGUUUCAGAUUGGGAAUGGAAUUGAAGAAUUGGUCCAAUCCCAGCAAUCAACAAUUAGUUGCUAAAUUAUCAAGUUUUAUUGAGAAUAAUUACUAUAAAGAAGUAAAGGAUAAAGAUCUUGACUUUUAAGACUAAGAUGCUAAUAUUUGCUUAAAAGAAUGGACACUUUUGGCUUAAUUAUAUCGGUUUUUAAACAAUGAGUAGGAACUCCACUCAAAAGUGUCGUUUGACUUAAUAAUUCACAAUUUUCAACUCCAAGAGUAUGAAACACUUAUUAAUUUGUUAUUACAACUCAAUAAUAUCCAUAACAUCGUUACAUUCAAUUCAAAUACAACAAUCUAACCUAUAAGGAAAUUAAUAGCAAAUUGGAAAGCAGAUAUGAAUUGCUCUAUAAAUAUAGCAAAUAGAAAAUGA